AUGCCAGAAGGUCUGAAUGCGUCCAACGUGGUUCUAAUUCCAAAGAAGACUUGUCUGGAACAUGUAUAUGAUUUGAGGCCCAUCGCUUUAUGCAAUGUGGCUUAUAAAGUUCUCGCCAAGAUCGUAGCUAAUAGAUUGAAGGAGAUUCUCGACACUAUGAUUUCUCCGUCUCAAAACGCAUUCAUCCCGUACAGGUUAAUAACAUACAAUAUCAUUGUAGCCGGGGAACUAGGCCACUAUUUGAGAGUUAAAUACAACAUUGUGGUAAAUGGUGAUGAUGUGGGGUCGGUGAUGCCAACUCGGGAGGAGGCCCGAGGAAAUAUCCAUGGCAUCCGGGUGGCUAGAACAGCCCCGCCGGUUUCACACCUCUUUUUUGCCGAUGAUAGCAUGCUGCUUUUCAAGGCGACUGCGGGGGAGGCUCAAAAAGUGCAGGAAUGUCUGAGUCUGUACAACCGCGUUUCGGGUCAAGCAGUCAAUUAUGCCAAAUCUAGCAUUAUGUUCAGCGCCAAUACCGUGUCGGGCAUACGAGAGCAAGUGGCGGCUAUUUUUGGUGUACAACAAGUCGAUGAUUUCGGAAGGGUAUGUACGUGGCAGAAAAAACUGCUAUCACGGGCCGGGAAAGAGGUUCUUCUGAAUAGCGUUGCACAAUCUAUGCCGAUCUUUGCCAUGUCGAUGUUCCUUUUGCCAAAGAGUGUUUGCGAUUCGAUUGAGAAAGUUAUGAAUCACUUUUGGUGGAAGAAUGGGACUACCAACGGCCGGGGCAUACAUUGGACUUCUUGGCUACGACUAGCGAUUCCAAAGAAAUUCAGAGGUAUGGGAUUUAAGCGUCUCCAAGAAUUCAACAUUGCACUCCUGGCUAAAAAAGGAUGGAGGAUCAUCACAAGACCUCAUUCGCUGUUGAGCUGGCUUCUAAAAGCGAAGUACUUCCCCACUGUUGGCUUUCUAGAGGCGCGCAUUGGCCACAAUCCAAGCUACCUUUGGAGGAGCAUCCUCGCAAGUCAAGAAUUAUUACACGGAGGUCUCAUCCGACGAGUUGGAGACGGCAAAGACACACUUGUUUGGGGCCAAGCGUGUUUAGCAGACGCAAGCAUUGGUCCAUUGACUACACCAUGCGCUCGUGAUGCCAAAGUGUGCCAACUGAUGACCAGCGACGGCACCUGGGAUCUGGAGGUUAAAACGGUUGUAGCCUCGACGCAGAACUCGAAUCACGAGUUCACAGAAUGGGGGAGGCUAUGGCGUAUUCCGGUUCGACCGAAGGUUAUUAAUUUAAUUUGGCGCUGCACCUGGGGCAUUCUGCCUGUACGGGAGAAGCUGAAGACAAAGGGGAUUUGGAUUGGGGGCGGAUGUCCUUUAUGCACAUCUGAUAUAGAGAUAAUCGAGCAUUUAUUUGGUGAUUGCCCGGUUGCUCGGCAGUUAUGGGGCGUCGACGACAUCCUUCAUAGAUCCACCUUCGCAGGUUUCAUGAACUCCAGCUUCCGUAUGUUACCUCAGACGUCAAUGGUGUUAAUUGCGGCAAGGAUUUGGGUGAUUUGGAACACUCGAAAUAAUGUGGUAUUGCAUGACAAAAACUGGACUAUUGAGGGUCUUACUAGACAAAUGACUGAUCUUUCUUCAACUUGGCUGGAUUCUCUGUUACCGAUGCAUGGUGGGCGACGUCGCAUGGACAGUGAACUUUCGCUCUGGAUGCCACCACCGAAACGGAUCGGAGCCUUAAAUGCAACGUCGACGCAGCUGUUUCUGAGCGCAGAAUCUUUUAUGGAGCGGUGA